UGAAAGCUAAUUUCCAGUCUCAAUACCUAGUUGAUCGCAGUCCAGAUCCAUGGCUCUUUGGAGAGCUCGCGCAGUUUCUUCUGCGUUUUCGAGUAUUGGCAUUCUCAACUUCCUCAAACCUUUAUCAUUUCUUAACAAUGCUUCUCGAAAUUUUGCUUCCGAUUCUGCAAACACAUAUAACCGCAGUGCACGUGAGAGUGUGAUGAAUCAAAUGAUGUAUUCUGACAUAAAUUCACAAAUUGGGAGUUGCAUGCCACUUAACGCUAUGAGAAUUGGGACAAUCAUUCAUAACAUAGAGAUGAACCCAGGGCAAGGUGGCAAAAUGGUCCGAGCAGCCGGGACUUGUGCGAAGAUAUUGAAAGAUCCUUCAUCAAGAUAUGUCUUAGUGGAACUCCCUUCAAAGAAGACAAAGUUGUUUGAUUCCCGUUGCAGGGCUACAAUUGGUAGAGCGUCCAAUCCAACUCAUGGUGAUAGGAAGCUUAGGAAGGCUGGGCAGAGCCGGUGGCUUGGUCGAAGGCCAGUAGUUCGAGGAGUGGCCAUGAAUCCUGUAGACCAUCCUCAUGGUGGAGGAGAGGGUAAGAGCAAAAGUAGUGGAAAAUAUGGGAGAGUUUCUGUUUCACCUUGGGGCAAACCGACUAAGAGUGGGUACAAGACUGGCCCUCUAAAGCGCAGAAGGUAAGCCUGAGACUAUAUUUUCUUUGGUUAGCUUGAGCUCUUCUGUGUGAUGAUGUUAGUAAUAAUUGCUGUAACAUUUAUGUAUGUUACAAGAUUUUAUCUGUCUAAUUGAUGAAUUCUAAAAGGGCAGUCUUUUUGUGGAUUUUGUUGGAGUGAAUUGGUCAUUGCAAGUUAA